GAUUUUUCUCUAUGGAAAUAAAUCUUUGGCAGCCACCAGAAUUGGGGUAUAAAAAAUGACCUUGGGCAGCUGCUGCCAUUUGUUUCAGUGGGAAAAUGAGGGUUUUGUCUCUCCCCAGGGGUUAAUAUUGCGAUGCUCUGAACACCGUCAGGGCUCGGCUUCUGAAGGGUUCCAGCGAGGAGGAGGAAUGCUUUGUGCUUUAUGACAAGAUCACGGCUUGUGCACGCUGUGAUUUGCAUCGCCCGUUUGUGCACAGGCCGUAAAAGUGCACUUUUUAUCAGGGACAUUUGUGAAUAUAUAACAGCGCUGAAGACAUAUGGCCACUAAAUAAUUCACAGUUAUCUAUCUUCUCAGCAGAUUCCUUAUACACCUACCAUGUUUUAAUGCCUAGUUUGCUCAGAAACAAUAUUCUUUACGACCCUUCCAAUAUAAAAAUGUUUACUGACUGGCAGCAGUAUAGGGAUACCAUGGGAUUGGGCUAUAAGGAAGGAGAAACCUUUCCAUUUUCUCUCCCUCUCCCUCUUUUCAUCUGUUUUCCCUCAGUUCUUCCAGCCAGCACCCAACCUUACAGAAAAAGGUGCUUCUCCCAAAAGAAGGCACAGAAUUCCUCCUGCUGGGGCUGUCGGGUGGGAGUCACUCACUAACCUGCACCCUCUUCUCGUUUCAGUUCCAUAUCCAUUUACAGUCCCAAGGAGAAUCCGAAUACCUUUGAUGCUGCGGCUUUCUUCCAGUCUGUGGGAAAUUUCCUGGGGAUCUUCGCCGGCUCAUUUGCCAUGGGGUCUGCAUAUGCUGUUGUCACAGCUCUGAUAUCCAAAUUUACCAAACUCUGUGAGUUCCCGAUGCUGGAAACAGGCCUGUUUUUCCUCCUUUCUUGGAGCGCCUUCCUGUCUGCAGAGGCCGCCGGCCUAACAGGGAUAGUCGCUGUUCUCUUCUGCGGAGUCACACAGGCUCAUUAUACCUAUAACAAUCUGUCGUCGGAUUCCAAGAUGAGGACUAAACAGGUAAAAGCUCUCUUUUCUCGGUGUUAUGGCUAUGUAGUGAUUCUGGCAGUGUACUUGGAAAGAAUCUCUUUCAUAAAGGGAGAAAGUAAGCUUAAGGCUUCAUUAUGGGUUGGAUAUUUAUAGAUUUUUUUUCCCUCCAGGAUAACCAUUAACAAUUCUCUUGGUAAGCAAAAAUAUAGUUAUAACAGUCCCUCCUGAGAGAUGUGGACCGUGGACUGUCAGUCUUGAAGAUGAAAGGCCUACUGUCA